AUGGCUGACUUGAGCUACAUUUCCUGUCCGAAUCCUGACUAUGUCCGGUACAAAUCAAUCGUUGACGUGUUGAGAGAAAGGAGAAAUGAGUCCCCAGAAAAGGAAAUAUGCGUUCAGCGGUUUCCUGGGGGCGGACGAAAGUCUUUGACCUAUGAUGAAUUGUUAAAGAGGUCGACAUACAUAGCCAAAUAUCUGAUCAGUAAUGGGAUUAAACCAGGAGACAGUGUAGCAAUUAUUGGGUCAAACUCCAUCGAGUGGAUUAUUGGUGAGUUUGCAAUCUUUGUCACAGGAGCGGUGGCUGUUCAAAUAUACAAAACAAGGGAAUCUUUCGCUGAGACGUUGAAGUUACUUAACUCCACAAAAUGCAGUGCCGUUCUAGUUGAUCCUGACUCGGACGAAACAUAUAUUUCAGACAUGGGGGCGUACUUCUUUGAUAAAGAAUCUGGAAAAGAUAAGAAGAUUGCUUUGCUACUACAAAAAUCAACAUUAUCUUCGCUCCCUUCACUGGAUGACGUUACCUUGACAGCUGAAGAGGAAAUUAUACCACUGCCAAGACUACAACCAGAAAGUAGCGCCGUAAUUUUUGUCACUUCAGGUUCAACCGGAGUUCCAAAAAUGGUCGAAUUUACUCAUUUGUCGAUUGUCAAUGGUUCCUAUGGCACCUUUUUGGGGGCAUCAGGCGACCGGCCUUACGAGACUUGCUAUAACGACCGACCGUUUUGCUGGUUUGGUGGCUCUCCAUUAUUCAGUAUCCUGAAUGGCAAUAAAAGGGUAUUUGUUGAUACAACAAUAGGAAUGAAGAAAGAGAACAUCCUGUCUGUUUGGGAUAUCAUCAUUACUGAACGCUGCACGACUGCUGGGCUUCUUCCUUAUGCGGUGCUUGAUAUUCUCGCAAACAUGGACACAAUACUGAAACUCGGCUACAAACUGUACGCCAUCAUGACCGGCGGGCAACUUAUUGGCAGUCAUCUCGCUGAUGUAUGUGGUAAAUGUACGGAGAAACUGUUCAUGGUUUACGGGUCAACUGAAGUUGGUGUGUCGUGUUAUAUUGAAAUUACGCCGAAAAUGGAGGAAGGACAUGUAGGGUCGCUGUUUCCAGGCUUCGAAGUCAAAAUAGCCGGUGACAGAGAUGAAACCUUGGAUCGUGGACAUUUAGGAGAAAUCCUCGUGAGAUCACUGUCGAUGUUGAGAUGGUACCGGAACGCUCCAGAAAUCAACGCAGCUUCUUUUAUUGACGGAUGGUUUAGAACAGGAGACGUUGGAACCAUAACGACAACGGGCAAGUUUUUUGUGAAGGGAAAAUCAAAUGACGUCAUAAAAAGGGGCGGCUUGAAAGUCUUGACAAGCGUAGUGGAAGGAGCUAUUUCCAAGCUACCAGGUGUAAGGGAGGUCAUUGUUGUUGCAGUACCGGACUCGCGGCUCCUUGAAGAGGUAUGCGCCUGUUAUAUACUGAAAGAUGAUGUCACUACAACAGAGGAUGACCUUGAUAAGAACUGUGAGAGUGUACUCGGAGAUAACGUGUUAGGAAACAAACCAUCCUACUUCUUAAGGUUUGAUUCCUUUCCGACACUUUCCAAUGGUAAAACCGACAAGGUCCAGGUGAAACGGCAAGCUCUUGAAAGAUUAAAUCUAGCAUAACAUCGACGAGAUGGGCACCGCGCUAACAUUAUGUUGUUCAAAUAUAAUCGUGUAUAUCAUAUAACUGUUGUCCUAACUUAUAUUCAGAUAUCCAAGUAUAACUAUAUUUGCAAAAUAUAUUUCAACCAUUGUUAAACAUUCUAUAUAAUGCAUAUGCAGAAUACAGUAUUAAUUUUAUCACAAUUCUUUUUAUCUCAUUUGAUCAGCAAUUUCGAAUGAUGGAAUUUCAUAAUCCUUAACACGUUUUUUUUUGUUUCAUAUUCUAUGAGACAAAUCACCAUAGGCUAUAUUAGGCUAUACAUGAUUCGUCUUUCCGUGUUUGUUUUACUCAUUGAUAUCGUCGUUGUUCAAUAUUCGAUGUCUUUUUUUUUAUUGCAAACCAAUGGACGUACAUCUUACCAAAUAAAGACUUUUGCUUGUGGUUUCGAUAAGUAUCGUAAUUGAAUUAUCUCCCCUCAUGCACAAUAGAAGUAUACAACGGUUAGAACUGUAUGUUAUGUGUUCAAAAUUGAUUCAUUGAGGAAACAACUCGUGCGUACUUACCGGAUUGUAUUUAGUUGUUUUCUGAACUGUAAUAAUGAUGAAUUAAAAAAUAAUAAUAAUUUAAUUUUUAUUCAUCCCGAAAACGUUCUAUAGUCAGCAUAUUAUCCGAGUCAGAAUUACCCUGAUUAUCAUGAUAAUCAUAGGCUGAACGUAGGCAAAAUGUUUUCACAACAAAAUGAAGGAUCUUAUUCAAACUCACAAUAUUUUUUAGACAGAUCAGACACAAGUCAAUU